UCAGUAAUGGUUUCAUGAUUAUCGUCAGACAUUAGUUCUAGAUUAUUAUUGAGUUCAAAUUCCAUCGUCUACCAUGGCGAGAUUCGAACCGUGAUCCCCAGAAUAUUAGCUGGAUGUCUGAAUUAAUAGCCUAGCGAUAAUACUACUGGAACGUCGCCUACCCUUAAAAUGGGAAGCUUUGAUUUACCACCAGAGGGUACAAUUGUAGUUUUAAAAUCAGCUUCUUUUAAAUGACAUGGCACCGUUCAUGUUUUGGAACAAAGCCCAUUUUCCCUAUAACCGGGAUUUUCGUGGAUACAUUGUAAUAUCCGGCAUAGACGUCAGACCAGCGGAGGGAGGGAUGGUAUAGCGGAGCCUCUGCCAUGUGUCGGGACGAGGCGGAGCGUAGCAACAUUAACCAGAAAACCAGUUGUCAGAUGAGCUGCAGAAGCUGCAAUGAGCGGACGUGUCGGAGACCUGAGCCCGAAACAGGCAGAAACUCUCACCAAGUUUCGAGGGAAUAUUCAAGAUAUCCUGUCUGGCCUUCCUGCUCAGGAUGACCACUUUCUCCUACGAUGGCUCCGAGCCAGAAGUUUCAACCUUCAGAAAGCAGAGUCAAUGAUUCGCAAGCAUGUCGAGUUCAGGAAACAGAUGAAAGUUGACACUCUCACAAGUGCCUGGGAACCCCCUGAGGUCAUUACUCGUUAUUUCGCUGGAGGCAUGUGCGGCUAUGACAAAGCAGGCAGCCCCAUUUGGUAUGACGUGAUCGGCCCUUUGGAUCCAAAAGGUUUGAUGCAUUCGGCAUCUAAGCAGGACUUUUUAAAGACAAAAAUCCGAGACUGCGAGCUGCUACGAGAAGAAUGUUGUAAACAGUCUAAAAAGCAUAAUAAACACAUUGAGGCAAUCACAAUGAUCUAUGAUUGUGAGAAUCUAGGAAUGAAACAUUUAUGGAAACCUUCAAUUGAACUGUAUGGAGAGGUGCUUACCAUGUUUGAGGAUAACUACCCUGAGGGUUUAAAGACAUUGUUUGUUAUCAAAGCACCAAAGCUUUUCCCUGUGGCCUACAACCUCAUAAAACAUUUUCUUAGUGAAGACACAAGGAAGAAAAUUCAAGUAUUGAAAAGUAAUUGGAAAGAAGUGCUAUUGCAAUAUAUUGAUGCAGAACAACUCCCUGUUUAUUACGGUGGAACUCUCACAGAUCCAGAUGGGGACCCAAAAUGCCCGAGCAAGAUAAAUUUUGGUGGUGAUGUACCAAAGUCAUAUUACAUCCUUGAGUCCAUUAAGCAACAAUAUGAAAACAUGGUCACUGUCAACAGGGGCUCGUCUUUUCAGUCUGAAUACGAAGUGCUGUUCCCUGGCUGUGUUUUAAGGUGGCAGUUUAUGACUGAGAGUGCAGACAUUGGGUUUGGUGUCUAUCUGAAGACAAAAAUUGGAGAACGACAGAAGGCUGGCGAAAUGGUUGAAGUGGUUCCUAACCAGAGAUACAAUAGUCACCUGGUACCUGAGGAUGGAACAUUUACCUGCCAGGAACCUGGAGUCUGGGAGGUGCCCGGUGACUGGAAAACAGUUAAUGUGGUUCAAUAUUCAAGAACGGAUAUAGAAAUGAGCCUGAGAAUUCAGACCAGUGAGUCUCACGGCAGUAGCAGGGAAAGUGUUGGAGAAAAUUCUGAAGGAGAGCAUCUGUCUCCAUUGGAGAAGCAAGACUUGAUGAGAAGGCGUCAGCAUGGCUUUGUCAGAAAAGAUGUUCUAAGAUUUGACAACACAUACAGCAUCAUUCAUUCGAAGAAGGUUAGCUACUCAGUAGAAGUGUUGCUGCCAGACAAGGGGUCAGAAGCUCAAAUGGAUGAUCUCGGAAAGAAGAUAAAAGAAAUGGAUGUCAGUAAAAUAUAACAACCCUGGCAGGAGAUGAAUCUGUAAGGCAACUUUACAAUGAGGCGAACUCAAAUUCUCUGCAGUGAUGCACUGAAUGGAUUGGCAUGUUUUAAUGACUGCUGAUUGUAAACUCAGCAGAGCCAGCUGUGGUGUGUGAACUUUGUGCGAUAUGGACCAUGUUGAGUAAUCAAAUGGAUUAACAUGUAUCAGUGAAAACUGGGAUAAGCUGAGUGCCUACUAAGCAUGCUGCUUUUUACCAUAGAGUGAAUGGGACAUACACUAACACGCAUGCAUACACACAUACCGUUUUUAUUUAAAAGACUUGCGUCUAAUAUUUAGCACUGAAUUUUUUUGUUUAUACAAGAGAAUUACAUUUAUCUUUAUACUACAUAUGUGUUAGAGUAUUUGGCUACUGUACUGACAAAUGACCCAUUAAGCAUUGGAUAAUAGGCCACAUCUGUGGUACAUCAUUCAUCUCAGAAUGAUUCAAAUUAAGUUAUAAAGUGCUGAGCUUUUCUCUUAAUUAGAAUUAAAUUAACAAUUAUUCAAUCUUAUGGUAUAUAAUUCUGAUCAAUGAUAACAUUACAGUUGAUUGUUUCCAAUUGAUGUUAAUGAAUUUCUGGUUGCUAUGAGUUAAUGUACCUUUACUGUUAAUGUCGAUUCUAAAUUGAGAAAAAAAAUUCUCAGCAAUUUCAUUUACUGUCCCAUUUUUGGACCUAUUUUAAUAUCUCCUGUGACAGUCCAGUAUCACUGUCAGUAUUCAGGUCAAGAAAGACAAUCGCUGCCCUGUUUUAAUUUAUCCUCCAAUUUGGUAAAACUGAUAACACAAAAUAAACUCAUUUCUUUGUUCAAGAACCAACUAAUACCAAAAACAUAACAUAGAACAUUACAGCACAGUACAGGCCCUUCGGCCCUCGAUGUUGUGCCGACCCGUCAUACCGAUCUCAAGCCCAUCUAACCUACACUAUUCCAUGUACGUCCAUAUGCUCAUCCAAAAGAAUGAAUCCAGAUAUCAGUCAUCCCUCCUUGUUUCAGAGAGUCAUGUUCCAAAAAUAUUGAAUAACAGUCUUCAAGAACUGUACAAUCAGAAUGUGCAAAAACUCACUUGAAUGGGAAUUAUCCUGGUUCCAUAAAAUCUUCAAAUUUUUCUCUUUAGCCUCUAUCACAGCUAGCUGGGUCAGAAAGUUUGAGUUGUGGCAAUAUUUGCACCAGAGAUUUAUAAUGUGUUAUUCUGGAAUCUAUUUAGUAGGUAUUCUUGCCCUGUACAAUACUGAAGGAACUCCAGAAUAAAACUUAAUUUGAACGUUUUUACAUUAAAUUCAUUAACCAAAAAUUUGAUUCAAGAAUUUCAUUCCAAUUCUCAAGUAGUCAUUUAAAUCAAUAUUCUUUAUCUUGAUGCAAUGUAGACAUCAAGCAAUCCUCCCUUUUUAAAAAUCAUGAAAAGGGGAGUUUUUCCUUUUUUCGUUGAUACAUAAUAACUCUCUGAGUUUUCUCUUCCUCUCUGGUGAGAUAGGAUAAAUGAAGUUGUACAGUGUAGUUGAAGUGCAAUUUGUAACUUCCUGAUAGUAGAGCUUGAUUGGUGCUUUAAAGAAUACCAGAUUUUCCUUCCCACUAUCAAAACAUCUGCCAAAUCUCUCAUCUUUGAAUGGGCCAGCUAAGAAUUCUGAAUGUUUGCUUAAAUUGAGCAAUUGAGUUCAGACAACCAACAUGUAAUCAGUAAGGAUCAGAUGUGCAAUCUUUGAACCUGCAGGCCCACGACUUCUGUUCAUCAGUCUAGUGUAUCACCCACCACAGCUUUGUUAUUUAGCUUAAUUGUAUGAUUCAAACAAAUUGAAAAACACAGCAAUAAUCUGUGCCUUCUACUAACAACAGGCCAGAUUAAUAUGUUGCUUUUCCAUCUUGAGCCAUCAUGAAGAGUCGACAGUUCCAUAUAUUUCUGAAGUGAGAUUCACUCCCAAUGAUUCAUUGCAUUGUCUGCAACAUUUAGAUUGGAAGGAUUCUUAAAUUUUGUUUCCAGUUAUGUUUUUGUUUAGAGGUCAUUGGUCUGUCUGGCUAGAACAGCAUUUAUUGUUUAUUCCCAAUUGACCCCUGAGAAGGUGCUGAUGAACCACCUUUCUUGAAUUGCUAUACUCCACGAAGAGGUAGGUAUAUUUACAGUUUUGUUAGCAAGAUAGUUCAAAGAUUCAGAAUCAGUGACAAUGAUAAAAUACCAAGUUCCAAGUCAGCAUUGUGUGUGACUUGGAUGGGAAAUUGCAAGUUGUAGCGUUCCCAUGUAUCAUCUGAGCUUGUCCUUCUAAGUGGUCGAGGUCUCAAUUUUGGAAGGAAUUUUGAGUUAGUGGAUCUGAUAUUGAAAGUUGGUAUAAUUAGUUAGGUUCAACUGCAGUGUUUUCACAUGUUUAGCUUGCUAAUCCACCUAACUAGGUUCAUGAUUGAAGAAAAUUAUCUGAGCAAGUUACUGAGGGAAUGGUUAUACCCAUGGUACUGCUCCCAGCAGAUGUCCAUAAUGUCAGACGAUAUGGAGCAAAAACUGAGCAGAAGUGAUACCUAAAAUUUUAAAAUUCCCUCCCAGUUUAUGAUAUAUUCAUCUUGAUCACCUUCUUGUCAGUUAGCCCUGUUUUGGAAAUUUGGGCAGAUUUCUAGUCAGUCAUUUGUACUGGUCAGAAAAUGAUGCACAUCACAAAUCCAAAUUCCGACUAUGUGUUCCUGCAAAGGUUGAAAAAUUGCCUUAUUUUGGGAAGUAUUUUAUUGCUAAUUGCAUUUUAAUUUGAAACAAAACUUUGCUACUGCAUAAUUUACAAUUUAUAAAAUUAAACUAAAUUAAUAUUAAAUGAAUAAAUGUACUAUUGGAAAAGCUAUGCUGGAACAUUAGUGUAGUUUAGUCCCAGUUACCACAUUGAUUUCCAUCUAUGAUCAUACAUUGACCACACACCAUGGCAGGGUUCCCUUAUUCCAGAAUAAUUGUUAUUUUAGGUGCCAUAAACUUUGGAGUUUCUUUAAAUGCAGAACUUGCUGCAGAUUAUAAUAAAUUUCUGUGAUGUUUGUGUAUCUGGACUGAUAUUAUUUAAUUUAUAAUUGAAUAUGUAUUUACUGAGACAAGAGAGGUUUUUGAAUCAGUUUUGGUUUAGGGAAAAUGUAAAUCUUUUCCAGGUCUGCUUUGUUGAUUGAUUCCAUGAAGAUCAGUAAAUAAUAAACAUUAACUAAUCAUUAAAAAUGAUCUAAGUUUGAUACCUGUAAAAUUGCACAUAGCAAGAGUGGUUUAUUAAAGUUCCAGAAAUCUGAGUUUUUACUCAAGCCUUCUAUCCAGAUCAUUACAUGUGUUAUUUAUAAAUGCACUGGGUAAUGUUAUCUGUAACUGUUGAUGUUAAUCAUGCUGUAGUCAUCAUGUGUCUUCAAGUUGCUUGAAGGAAUCAAGAUGUCUAAAGUAUUUUUUCAGGUCUCACUUUGGAUCAAACAAAACUUUCUCUUGUCGUUUGCAAGAUAGAAUUGAAGCUAACAGGAAAUGAUUUUAUAUAAAUUAUAGAAUUUCUGAGCUGCUGAUUUCUGUUUGAAUGUGAAUAUUACAGUGCAACAGCCGCAGAAAGCUUUUACAUCUGUGUUGUCAGCACUAUUGUUUACAGAAAAAAUACUGUGCAAUUGUUCAGAGUAAAUUGUACAUCCAGUUUAUAUCUGAUUACCAAAAUAAGAAUGUAAAAACAGAAAGGGCAAUUCAGCCCAUCCUACUGGUUCCAAUCUCUUGAGAUGAGGUCUUAACCUUUCAAGAUUUUUAAAAUUCUAAGCCUUCUCUAUUAAAUAGGAAAUGAUUAAAUGCUUUUUGUAAUGCUUCUAAAUAGUCAUAAUAUAAAGAAAUUAUUUACUGUAUUAGGUUUGUCUCUGGCUUUUUCUCAGUUUAGCUAAUCAAGUCCUCUGUUUUUGUUCUGUCCUACUUUUGUCUGGUUGAAUUAUACAUAUUGAAUUAUUUCUUUUUUAUGAAGUGUACUUUAAUCAUUUCACAUUUUAGAAUGAUCACCAUACAUUGAACUUGAUUAGUUUUUCUUUUAGCUCAGUUACUUAAACCUGGGAUUUUCUUCCACCCACAACUUCCUACACACCUGGAGCUUUUAGCCUUGAUGGUACUUCCUGCACUGUGGCUGUUGGAUAUUUUAAAGUUUCUUUUGGAGAUUCUGGUUAGAGCUGCAAGUAAUUUAGUUGAUCCCUUUUGGAAGAGUUGUGAUUAAAAUGCUACGAAGAUACGGAGAAUCAGUACAAGGUGCUGUCAACUGCAAUAUGUAAUUCAGAAACUGCAAAAGGUUGUUGAACUGGCACAGUGUUUUGCAUUAAUGCUAAAAUUAGUGAAGAGGUAGUGAUCACUAGACUGCGCAGAAAUUUAUUGACGUUUUCUGAAACCAUUUGGGUUGUUGUGUGUCAAGACAAAAAUGAAGAAUUGGUUUCCAGAACAGAUCAAGCUGCAAAUCAGCAGCAACUCUUCAACCUAAAACAAGGCCAAAAUGCUUUGGUAAGGUGAAAAAAUUACUAAUACCCUUUGAGGCAGUUUUGUUUAAUACACUGUGCAAGAUUAACUCUCCAAUUGCUGCAGAACAUUGUACAACAAUUUUACAGUGUCCAUUUUUCUAUAAGUGAUUAAGAAAUAUGGUGGAUACCAUAUUUAACUUCUCAAAUAUAUAUAGUAUAGGUGCUUGUCUUCCUCCAACCACCAGUGGGGAGCCAAGCACUGAAAGAACACAGUUUACAGAGUCAUAGCUAAAAUGUUGCUGUUUCUCUGACACUCCCUGUGAACACAGCUCCUUGAUAGGCUAUACAAUCACAAAAGUCAGCGCUGAUUUGUAAAAGCUUACAUCAGUAAAAAAAACACUGAAAUGUUUCCUUUUUCCACAAAUCAUUUUGCAUUUGGAUUUGUUAACUAUUGUGCAAAGUCAAAAUCAACUGUGUAUUUGUGGGGAGCAAUAAAAUUAUGUAUUUCAUGCUCAGCUGCUGUUCUUAGAGUGUUUGGUAAUGUUUUGUUUGCAAGAAUACAUUAUA